GACAUCGUCCAACUGAUAAUGCAAUUUCAUUUCGAGUCCUGCUAUCGCUCCACCGUAUCUGAGCGCAGCAGUGCUGUGGGCACGACGUGUGGGAUAAAACAGGGGUGUAAGCUCGCUCCUUAUCUCUUUAUUGCAUUGACGGUCCAUAUCAUGGACGAACUCGCGCAGAGUAUCUCCUGGGACUGGCUACAGCGCCUGUUCACGUUUUAUGCCGAUGAUGCUCUGGCAUCCUGGCUUGUAAGGGAACCUGAGCAUCUACUGCAAGCCCUUGACAAUAUCCAGACCGUCAUUGACGUGUUCAAUCGGCUGGGGAUGCGAGUAAACGUCAAAAAAUCUGCCAUCUUGUACGAUCUUAGGCAUGUCCUCACGACAUAUAAACUUGAGACUGAUGCGACUACAAAUCCGCCUAGGCAGCCUGAUCAGGAUAGCUAUGGCAUCAAAUGCGAUGUGUGCGGACUAGGUUUUGCCACCUUCAACAACAUGCGCAAGCACAAAACUAGGGUGCAUGGAGUUAAUGACAGACAAUCAAUCGAGUUUGACCCUGCUGCGCACGCAAUUCAAGGGCUCCCGCAAUGUAGGUUCUGUGAGCACAAGUUCGAUACCUGGCACGCGUUGAAGACUCACAUUGCGGAGGACCGAUGCACUCACACGCCCUGGAUGAAGGCCAGACUUCAUGCCAUGUCCAAUACUGUUGAGCCUGCGCUUUCGGAUGCACUGCCAAGGGGGGAUUGCGGUCUCCCGAGCACUGAGACGCCCGUGCAAGUACCACUAGUGCAGACCUACCCGGUUCUGGCCAACCCGGCGGUAAAAAGCAUGGUGCUGAGGGAUGGGAUGACGGAGGCGGAGACGCCGACGCAGAUGUUUCAGCAUCUGCUGCCAGGCCUAGCGUCACAAAUCUCGCAGGUCCCGACGCCAGCACGGCAGCAGGCGCCGGAGAGAGACCCACGCAAGCGGCCGCGGACAAGGCGGGGAGCAAGGAAAAGCCCAGACGGCGACAACAGUCUGCAGCAGACCGUGUCACUCCUAGCAGCACUGGUGUUGCAACACGAGGAUGCGCGCAACAGAAUUCGACUCAGUACCAGUCUGACAUUCUUCUUGCAGCAGCAGGGCCCGGGCUCUGUCCUUCUCCCGCUCUUCAAGGUGAGCCAGGAGUGGCACAAAAACAAGACAACGGGCCAGGUUGUCGGGUCUCUCCGCACCACGAUACUGAGUGUUCUGAUCCAGGAGACGAUGGCCAGACUUACCAUGCUCGAAAGCAACCCUCCGGCAUUGGCAGCCGCCAAGCAAGCUGGCCUGCUAAAUGGCGACAACAAGAUGCCGUAUCAGAAAUGGAGUUCCGUGAACAAGAAGCUCGAGGCAGAUGCUACAGUUCCCCCCCUGACUCCGGACGAGGUAAGAGGCAUCCUCAUGGAAGUGAAGGAGCUCAUUCGGCCAGACAUAGUCACCAAAUUUCAUGCUUCAAGGCCAAUUCGUCAGGAACCACAGGAUCAGGACCGAGCAGUAUUCACACUGGAGAUAGCGCUGCGAAGCGAGGACGCAGACAGGAUGCAUGCCAAGCUCCGAACAUUAUGCAAUCACUCCGUAUGGGGGCUGGUGUGCGCGCAACUGCGGGAACCCACGCUCCAGCGCCAUGGGCUAGCGGCGGCCCUGCAGAAGGCAACCCACCGGGGAGCAGGCGAGGCACGCUUCAGCGGGUGUCAGAUUGGGGAUGGACUUCAUAGGGAGGCCCACGCUGAUGUUCGACUACUUCACCUGAAUGCACCGGAUGGCCUCAUCAGCUCCGACCUUCAGGAUACCAUUAAUGCGUGGCACCUACAGCACCAGCUGCAUGCCCUGGACUCAGUCCCGGAGGUUCUGCUUUUCCAGCUACCGCGUUUCAGGCAACUUGACACAGGGGCAUACGUCAAGCAUGGCAUUCCCAUUGACCUUAGAAAUAAGAUCCAGAUCCCCUUCUUUAGAGAUGAGCAUGGCAUUGACUGUCAAUGGCAAGAUUGCGUGAUACAAGCAGCGCUGGUACACCUUGGCCCCACAGUGCAAGCCGGGCACUAUAGGGCAGCACUCCUUGAUCCAGGCUCACCGAACGAUAAUCUGUGGUAUACAGAUGACAAUCGGGUGGCCACAAGUCUGGACCUCAACAAUGAUGGGCUCAUGGACGAAAUCUUUGACAACUGCUAUGUGCUUUACUGUCAUGCGCAGUACACAGAGUUGUGGAAAGCCGUCAUCCGACCUCCGCGUGACCAUUACGAGAUCAAGGAUUUGGGACCGCCAGUUUUCAGCAUUGAGAACAGGACGUUUCAACGGACAGAUUUUUCGUUGAAGAAUCCGCGAGGCUUGACUAUAGUGUGCAGUCACUUCGAACCAAUCUCAAGGGAACGGCCUGCCGCAAGCUUACCAUGCGUGGUGUACCUCCACGGGAACUGUAGCAGCCGGCUUGAGGCAGUGAGCACGCUGCCCGUUCUAUUGCCCUUUAACAUCACGGUCUUUUGCUUUGAUUUUGCAGGUUCAGGUCUUUCUGAUGGUGAGUACCUAAGCCUCGGGUACUACGAGCGAGAUGACCUUGCGGUUGUCAUCGAUCAUCUUCGAGAGUCCAACACCGUGACCUACAUAGGGCUCUGGGGGCGGUCCAUGGGUGCUUCCACGGCUCUGCUCCAUGCAGAUCGUGAUCCUUCCAUUGCUGGCCUGGUGCUGGACAGCCCCUUCUCUGACUUGAAGGUCCUUUGCGAGGAGCUUGUCGAUGGCUACACGAACAGCCGUGUGCCAAGGUGGGUGACAGGCAUAGCGCUCCAAAUGGUGCGCAGCUCCAUCAGUGCCCACGCAGACUUCGACAUCUACGACCUUGCACCUGUCCAGCAUGUCUCGAAGUCCUUCAUCCCUGCGCUUUUCACCGCAGCGUACAACGACCAUUUCAUAAAGCCUCACCACGCCAGAGAGCUGCAUGCUGAAUAUGCAGGGGACAAGAACUUCAUCAUGGUGGAGGGCGACCACAACUCAGCACGCUCGAAGUUCUUCAUGGACUCUGUGUCCAUCUUCUUCUUCAACACCCUGCAGUGUGAUGCAUUGGCGCGCAGCCAGCCCAGUGAGGCUGGAGGGACUGCCGUGUCCGCAGAUCCUAUUUCCAGGCCGACACUGCAGGAACAACAGUCAACACAGGUUGCGGCAAAUGUUGCGGCAAACCAGGCACUGGGGCUGCAGAUGCGCCCACCUGAAAGGUUUGGGCCACCGAUGCCGGAGGUGGUUCAAGAUGCGACCCUGUAA